CCCUCGGAUUCCCGAAUUAGGUUUACGUUCGUAGGGAUGACUGGAGCGACUUUUAUGUCUGCGAAUAUUGGUGGUGCAUAGUCGUCUAAACUGGCACUUUUUUGUGAAAUGAGUAGUUAGUAGAGUAGUGCUGAUACUGAGAAAAUCGAUAUCCGACACACCCCUGGAUGCGGGAGACACAGCGGGUCCGAGAGACGAGGCGUCUGGGACGAGCAGCGAUGAGCAGCAGGGUUCGAGGGCAGAGCCACAGGAAGCUUUCCUCGGACAUGGCGUCCCGAAUGAGGAGCACGCCCUUGGAGAGGUCCAAGCCAGAGUCCGAGAGAGACUCGGGAUUCUCAGAUGGCAGCUCAGAGCACCUGAGUGUGCUGGGUCAGACGGACUCCGAUGACACAUCGCGGGGCACAGGGCCCAGUGCACGGGCGUCUGGGGUGUCCAUGGUGGGGGGGCCUUACUCUGGCCUGUCCCCCAUGAUCAUCAUGAACAACGUACUCCUCAAGCAGCCGGGUGAGAUCCCACCCUCGCCGAAGCCCUGGGGAUUCCGCCCUGCGAUCGAGGUGAUUCCACAGCCUCAGGUGGUCUUCCUCCAACCUGUGGUGUCAAACGACUCCUCCUCCUUGCCGAAGACCAUGCCCGUGAAGCGUCGACGAUCCAAGAAGUACCUGCCCAUCCUCAAAUCCUACCCAAAAAUCGCCCCCCACCCCGGGGAGAGCGGGUCGGAGAGGGCCAGCUCCGGCUCCUCUGAGCGGAGCAGUUUCACCUCGGGCCACUGGAAGCGCCGUCACAGCACCACUAGCUCUACUCCUCCUGUGCUCAACAGGACUCCCAGUUCACAGGCGUCAUCCCCCGGGCCGUUCUCCCCGCUCCCAGAUGGCAACGCCCAAAACGCCCCAGCGGGCGACAAACAGGCGGGCUUCAUGAAAGGCCCGGACUCCGCCCCACCCACCUCCUCCACCCAGCCACCUUCCCCGCCCCCGGGCCUUGCCCCCUGCACGCCGCCCGCACUGCGGUCCCCCAUCCUCCACGGCGACGACCCCUUGGACUGCCACAACAAGAGGAAGCGCUUCUGCAACACCUACAACAUCCUGAGCCAGUCGGGCCUGCUGGACAUCACGCUGCGCACUAAGGAGCUGAUCCGGCAGAACCGGCGCAGCCAGGCGCAGCUGGAGCAGCUGCGCACGCAGGCCGGCCUCUUCCUGGAGGCCGUGCAGAGCGACGACCCCGGGGCCUGGGCCAGGCUGCAGAGCGCCAUGCAGGAGGCGGGGCCCGAGGACGAUGGCGAACGCGCUCAGACUGGCUCGGCCUGAGGCACCCGGGGAUGGUGGGCGGAGUUGUGCUGCCCAGGACAGACACACACACAGACAGACAGACAGACUGACUGACAGGACAGGCACAAGCCCUCCCACAGUCCACAUCACAAUGGGCUUGUUUUUUCUUUUCCCGCCCCCUGCUCUUCCCGCCCCCAGAGGAGUGGGGCUUAGAUCACGUUUCCAAGGAGCUGA